GUUGUUGCGCCCCCACUCAUUUAAAUACAAACUGCCAAUCAUUGGCUUUCCAUACAAAGUGCAUAGAUCGCAGACACCUUCGGUUAUAAUAUUUGACCAAUUUCGUUUUACAACAGAACAAAAUGAAAUCGUUAGAAAUUCCGUUGACUCUAUCAUUUCUUUUGUCAUCGAGCGUUUACGACCUGAAAGUUCAGACAAUGGAGAUGCAUCGUUUCCCCAUACCAUUGUCUCGUUUUUUUGUUUUUCUACGGUAUUUCAUACUCAAAAAAAAAAGAAGAAGGAUAAAACCAAAGAGUGGACCACAAAUACAGCAUUACAAUACGUUUGAAAACAAAGAAUCGUUUUUUCCUAUCAUACAUUUAAUCCACAAAUAAAUUACUUCGAUGAAACUUUGCCUUUAUAUCUACGUUUAUCGAUUAUUAUUCAACAAAAUGUCCUUGAUCCGUAUUCGAAGGGUGAAAAUUAAUUCAGCGAUUUCUGACUGGAACGCUAGAUGAUAAAAAUGGCAUUAACGCAUUGACAAGGACAAUCGGUAACCGGCUUGGAACAUCAGGCGUGUAAACAUGCAAGGGUUACCAGCAACUAGUGGCGUUUGUUGAAACCCAACCCCUCGGUGAACCCUCCUUUCCCUUCCAUUCACUCCCUUCCUGAAUAGACACAGCCACCCCCUCGAUCUCCACGUAUCCACCCCUCUCUCCUAGCCAUUUCUCUCACCCUUGCUCGUUCACCGUUCCCCUCUUCUCGCUAUCUGUCUCUUUCCCCCUUCGACACGCGCGGCUUUCUCUCGCGCGCGCGUUCUUCUGCCUCUGGAGCAACUCGCAGCAUCCAUCGGCCCGCUCCGGACUUCAGUCCAUGUCGAGAACGCGGCACCGCCGGGACCCCAAGGACCCUUCGAUAUUCACGAAUCCUUAGACCUUGCGAGCUAGUGGUAUCGAGACAAAGCUGUUCGUUCGAAAGCCACAGCCACGUUUCAAUCAAAUCGUCGACCGAUCGAGCGUAUUUUUCAAAUAAACCCGACACCGCACUCCUGUCAGUGGGAAACUGAUCUCGUUCCACUGGAGAACUGGUAUCCUCUAUGGUACCUGAAACCUGAGCCUUCUUCCUCCAUCGAGCAUAUUAUGCUACCAGCGAAACAAAGAAUCUCGACGACCUCUCAAUAAGCAUUCGUAAAGCGUCGAGAUCUGUUUACGUAUAAUACGUGGUGGACGUAUAAUACGAAAAAAACGGAGCGUCCGAUACUUUCGAAUUCAUUUGUCAUUUUGGCCAAGAACCCGUGUCCCGAAGGAUCAGCGAUCAGCUGUCCGAUUCUAACGGAUGCUUUAAGGGGUUGCCAGAGUAUAACAUUAGAUAGUCGAAUUUAAUGCGGAUAGAAGUAAACCGCCUAAAGCGUGAUCUUUGAGGAAGCGACAGUUGGAAGGGAAGAGGAGCCACGAGGGCCCGCGAGGAGACUGAAGAAGAGAGAUUUCCCGCAAGACUGCCGGGGGUUGUUGCCCAGCCCCGGAGAAGCGGACAUCAGGCCCGGAUGUUCGCAAGGACGAGACGCCGAAAGCGCUGCCAUGCUACAAGGGAAACUUUUCACGGCCGUCAACAAAUUCCUUACGACAUCCCCUUUGGUUAACAAAAUCAAGUUGCUGAUUACGAGACAGAGCAGCGGGACGGUAGCGAACAGCGAGGGACAAGAAGGAACGACGAGCAGCUGUUCGCCGAGGACGUCGGCGGCCACGAUAACGAUGACGAUGACGAGCACACCGACAACGUCGACGUCGACGUCGACGAUGACAGUCGCGUCAAUGGCGAUGCCAUUUGUGCCCGUGGAAUCAGAAGCAUCGAUAUCGUCCAGCGCGACAGACCAACGGCAGCAAUGUCGUUGGCAAUGGCAACAGGCCCCACAGCCCCAUUCGGCGACUUGCCCGAUCACGGCCACGUCGUCCUCCACAUAUUUGUCGGCCUCGUCGUCCACGGAGGCCACCAAGCUGUCAACGAACGUUCUCUUUUCCUUGCCCGCGUCUCCAAAGAGAUCAGCCCCUGAAUCGUCCAGCAAGACGCUUACUAUAUCGAAAUCUCAAAUGAAAGAGUUCAGGGAAGCUUUCAGACUAUUCGACAAGGACGGAGACGGAAGCAUCACCAAGGAGGAACUCGGCAGGGUGAUGCGCUCGCUCGGACAGUUCGCGAGGGCUGAAGAACUACGCACGAUGCUACAGGAAAUUGAUAUCGACGGUGUUCGACAAACACAAUCGGGGAUACAUCACCGCCUCCGACCUGAGAGCCGUGCUGCAGUGCCUCGGCGAAGAUUUGUCCGAAGAAGAGAUCGAAGAUAUGAUCAAGGAAGUGGACGUGGACGGAGACGGCCGGAUCGAUUUCUAUGAAUUCGCCCAUGCGCUCGGAGAGCCUGGGAUCGACGACGACGAGGAGGACGAGGAGGAGGAGGUGCUGUCCCCGGGCUACUAGGAUUUUAUCUAUUCUCGUGUCUGUAUUAGAUAGAACGAAUUAACAUCAAGCCAACAUCAACGGACAAUCGCGUUCGUCGCACAUUUUUUCCCCCUCUGACAUUCACCUCGUUGCAUGUAUCGCGAACAUCUCGUGUCGAAAUUUGGCCUGAUGUGCAUCGAAAGAAAACGAUAUGCUCGUAAUGUCCGAGCCUUCUGCUUGCGUCUGUUAAAUCUUCGAGCGAAGAAAAAUGUCGAGCGUAGAACGUAAGGAAAGUCGCAGAAAAUGUUUAAAUCGCCGCCGGCGCGGAAGAUAGUUGCGUUUCGGACCGACAGUGUGCGCCACUCUCUGACCAGAGUUCACGGCGCCACUUUGAACUUGGCUUAAUCGUAACGCUCGUUAUCUUCGGCCAAUGUCAGAGGACCUUUUCGACAAGCUCUAAUCUCUUCUACCACGAGAUUCGUAGAUACGUCUGGUGUGAUUUUACGUUACCCAAAUCCGAACAUUCUCAACGAUACACCGAUCGACUCUAUAUAUUCUUUUAUCGAUUCGCAGCAACGAGUAUCGAAUUAUUAUAGCAACACGCGAAGAAACGAUUUUCUUUUUCCCAUCCCAUCCUCUUUAAUUGCAACGGUACUGUCGAUCGUUAAAGAAAGAAAAUCUACGUUGAUACACCAUCAGACGUCAUAGUGCUGAUAUUUUUAAGCGUCCUCGUAGCAAGCGGAAUGAACGACGCAGUGUGUAACGUGAACGCGAGAGAACCGGCUCGCGUUUCGUGUAACAUAAGGUCCCAGCAAGCGACGCGUCGUCUAACUUCCUUCGUUAACUGCGCUACAGAGUCUACCGAUAAAUCUCUGCGAAUUGUGAUUCGCGCGAAGCAAGACACGAGAGGUUGGUGGGAGAGACGGAGACACGAUCGCUAAUUAAACGAUCUUGUUGAUUAAAGAACGCAAGAAUCGUGCUCCAUCUCUCAGAUAAACGACGAUUUUCUCGACUAAUUAAACUCUAUUCGAGUCUCUUGAUGUCUCGAUCGCCUGUGUCACUGUAAAACAAAGGCGAUUUCUUCUCAUAAGAUAUAUGGAUUUUUCGAUUUUACUCUCUCUCUCGUCUAAUCUAAGUGAUGCACCGUAUUCUUCACCUAAAAUAACGUAAAAAUUAAGAAGAUCCAGCACCGCAGUAAACUCGAUAUGUCCGACAUUGGGUUCUCCGUUACGAUGUCGCUAGAGAUCGAUCGACGACGUUUGAUCGCAACAGCUAUUAGUAUUGCGUUCCCGCCAUUUUGGCGAACACGCGACGAAACACGUGGACGAGACGAGAACUCGCGCUUGCACUUUUCGAAAACUCUCAAUGGCGCGGGUCUCGAACGAUACUCACGAUCCGAUUCGUUCGCAGAACGUAGAGAGCGAAUCGAGACCGCGAGGAGGAACGGUUGAAUUGUGAAUUUUAAAUCGAUCUUGAUCGCUUCGCUCUCCUUGAGCUUCGUACUGUGUACCUUAUUAACGAUAUCUCACUGUUACGCCAAAUAACAAGAGCCGCACGCUGUUUCAAAUAUUUUAAAGGGUCUAAUAAAUCUACUAAACAAA